GUAUCUCCUGCUAAUGGGAUGUUUGUAUUUGGUGACCCAAACACGUGGACACGAGGAUCAAUUGUCGUGCGGCAGACGCAAAGUGCAAACAAAUUCCACGAACAACAACGGUGAUGCCAUUGCUGGUCACUGGCCGUGGUAUGCGGCUAUCUACCACCGAAAAGGCGAGAAGCAAGAAUACGCGUGCGGUGGAUCCAUCCUCGAUGAAACGACCAUUCUCACGGCAUCUAAUUGCGUGUACACUCCAAGCGGUGUGAUCUCGGCAGCGCUCGUGACAGUACACGUGGGACAAAUCCACCCGAAGCAGGCCAGCGCAUAUGCGCAGACGUACGGUGUGCGCGAGAUAGUGGUACACCCUGGGUUUAGCGAAGCCAGCACCGUCAACGACAUUGCGCUGAUCAAGCUUACCGCCAGCAUCACCCUGACCACCGAGUACGUGCAGCCCGUCUGUCUGUGGACGAUGGACAGUGCGCUGGAGUUGAUCGUGGGCAGAAAUGGAACGGUUGUUGGAUUUGGGCCGAACGAACAGCGGGAUGCUGUGUCAAAGGAGCAGCUGCAGCAAGCCACGAUUGGUGUGGUGGAUCCGCAAACGUGUAUUGCAAGUGAUCCGGCCGUUUUCGGCACCCAUCUCCCGGUGGAGACGUUCUGUGGCAAAGGAAGACAGAACGGUGUGGGCACGUGCAAUGGUGAUAGCGGCGAUGGCCUGUUCUUCGAGGUCAGCGGCCGAUGGUUCGUGCGCGGCUUGGUGGCGCGGCUCCAACCAGUGCGCGGGAGUGACGGUCUGUGCGAUCCGCUCCAGUACACCGUCUACACCGACGUGGCCAAGUACGUGCAAUGGAUUAAGCGGUACGUCGAUCCGCGUGUGCUACCGGGCGAGAAUGCUGCGGUUUAA